AUGAUCCUUGAGGGAGUUACUCCGCAGGCCGAUCCGGUCGACUCCAGUUCCGAGUACAAGGAGAAGUCUCUUGAGGAGAAGCAGGACUUCAAUCCUCAAUAUGUUGAUGCAUUCGGCAAUGAAGAGAAUGCAGAGGUCAAGUACAAGACUAUGGAGUGGUGGCAAACUGGAAUGUUCAUGAUUGCUGAAUCUGUGUCGCUGGGAGUCUUGUCGUUGCCCGCCACUCUGGCGGAGUUGGGUCUCGUCCCCGCUAUUAUUCUCAUUAUUGGGCUGGGAAUCCUUGCCACGUAUACCGGCUACGUUAUCGGCCAGUUUCAUCAAGCUUAUCCUCACAUUCAGAACCUGGCAGAUGCUGGUGAAAUUCUGAUGGGUACCUUUGGACGCGAGCUCUUCGGUUUCGGCCAGAUUUUGUUCUCGAUUUUCAUCAUGGGAAGCCACAUUCUCACCUUUAGUGUCAUGAUGAACACUAUCACCGAGCAUGGCACCUGCACGAUGGUCUUUACCACGGUUGGAUUUGUCAUCUGUCUGGCCUGCUCUCUCCCUCGGACUAUGAAGAACAUGACCUACAUCUCUUGUACAUCAUUCGUCAGUAUUUUGACUGCCGUCAUUAUUACCAUGAUUGGCGUCGGUGUCCAGGAUCACGGAUACACGACUCUUCAAGCCACUAUCGACACCAGUCUGUUCAAGGCUUUCAGUGCCGUUACCAAUAUUGUCUUUGCGUACUGCGCCCAUGUGGCCUUCUUCGGUCUUCUGGCGGAAAUGAGGGAACCGAGAGACUUCCCUAAGGCUCUGGCAAUGUUGCAGAUCUUUGAAAUUGUGUUCUAUACAGUUGCCGCUGUGGUGAUUUACUACUAUGCUGGUCAGGCUGUGCAAUCUCCUGCUUUGGGAUCUGCUGGUCCAGUCCUCGCCAAGGUGGCCUAUGGAAUUGCCAUUCCCACGAUUGUUGGAGCUGGUGUUGUCAACGGCCACAUUGGUCUCAAGUACAUCUAUGUCCGGAUCUUCCGUGGCACUGACCGCAUGCACAAGCGUGAUUUCGUUGCUAUUGGCUCUUGGAUUGCUAUCGGUGUGACCUGCUGGGUUAUCGCCUGGAUCAUUGCCGAUGCCAUUCCUGUCUUCAGCGAUCUCCUCAGUCUGAUUAGCUCUCUCUUCGCGAGUUGGUUUAGCUACGGUCUUGGUGGCGUUUAUUGGCUGCACAUCAACUGGGGUCGGUGGUUCUCCUCUCCCCGGAAGAUUUGCCUCACCAUCCUCAAUAUGACCAUCGUCUGCAUUGGUGCUACUAUGUGCGGUCUGGGUCUCUAUGUCUCCGGCAAAGCAAUCCACGAUGACGCAUCUAGCAACAGCUUCUCCUGCGCAAACAACAUUAACUCAUGA